AAAAACUUGCCAAUCCUGCAAAUGCCCCCGUGAAGCGCACGCAAUCUACCAACAGCAAACCACAACGGUGCAUGAGCGAUUGGGCUUCAAGGUCGUCUCACCAGCGGAAUCGGGUGUCGAACCGCGCGAUCUCGGCUACACUUGGGUGCCGCCUGGCAUACGUGCCUCAUCGCGCAUCAAUCGCUACUUCGAACAGUUGCCAGUGGACAAAGUGCCGAAAAUUGGUACGGAGGGGGCGCGCUAUCGCGAACAACAAAUCGCCUAUCAGCUGCCUAAGCAGGAUUUGUCGCUGCAACACUGCAAGCACUUGGAAGAGCAACAUGAAGCGUCAUUCGAGGAUUUCGUGACGGCGCGUAAUGAAAUUGCAUUGGAUAUAGGUUACAUUAAGGAUGCGCCCUACGAUGAGCAUUGCGCGCACUGUGAGGGUGAGAUCAAUACCGGUGAAAUGGUGGUGGCCGCGCCAAAGUUUAUCGAGAGCGUUAUGUGGCAUCCGCGUUGCUUUACCUGCAGCACUUGCAAUGAACACUUAGUCGACUUGACGUACUGUGUGCACGAGGAUAAAAUCUACUGUGAACGACACUAUGCGGAAAUGUUGAAACCACGCUGUGCUGGCUGUGAUGAGGAUGCUUACGGUGAUAUUGGCGAAAUGUUUGGUGGGAGAAAAUGGAUAGGGUGUGGUACCGGCCAAUCACCUAACUUGAAAGGAAAAAGAUCAAACCUUUUAAAUAGCUACUUUUUAAAUACCUACCUUUAUCGUCUCUAGGUCUUCUGUAUAUAC